UAUAUAAUAUUUGCAGUAAAAAUGUAGUUAAAAAGUGCUUAAAAGUCAAUAAUACACAAUUAACUCCAGCCAAAAUUUAACCGAUAAAACAUUUUGAAAAUCUAUCGUUUUUUUGUGGUUGGCACCAUCGUGAAAUGGGCAAUGUUUGCAGUUCUGGGCAAAAUAAGAAAAAAGGCAGUAUAUCAGAAAAAUCGGAAGAUUCCUACAAUGAUACUAAAGCAGAUAAUAAUGUUAGCACUACAAACGUCCCUCCUUCUACGUCUCAAGUAGGAAAAGUGCCUAUUACAACUAAGCAUGAGGAUUUACCAGACGAAUCGUCGCUUACAAACACAGACAGGAAUGCAAUUCAAUCAGAUCAAAGCAAUUCCGUUGCUACAUCCACUACCACGACCACCGCCGCACAAAUCGCAACCGAGCUAAGUGAUUUAAAAAGUAUGUCUAAUAUUAGUUUAGCCAUAUUACGUGGAAAAUUCUUAGGGAAUAGAAAAACUGAAAGGCACAAAAAGAUUGUUGUUUACAUACUAACAGAUAAUAGUCAAGAGCACAAGAAGCAUAAACGCAUUAUCCAUGGAUUGCAAAAGCAAUUUACUCGUCAAUGCCAAAGCAGAGAUUUUGAAUUUGUUAUUUCCGAUAUUCAUGAUAUGGAAAUAUCGGUCAAAGCGGACUAUUCUAGAUUAUCAGCAAUUAAUCAUUGGAGCCAAAGUCCUUUGGAAGCACAGGGUGGUCACGAAGAAGCUGCUAAUGCUCUGUCGGAGUUAAGCAGACAUUCUGCUUCAGCAUAUAUAAUACCCGUAUUGUUUUUGGGUUCAAAUUUGGGUGUACCGAUGUUGCCGCUGACUAUAGAAAGCCAAGAUUUCACAUCAGUUUUAAGUGCAGCCAAUGAAGCGGAGAGAAUUCUUUUAGAGAAAUGGUAUACUAUAGACAAUCUUAAUCAACCCAUGUGCCAUCGUUUGCAUACUCAACAAAUUGAACCAUACUCUACAAAGCAGGAUGAAGAAUUAAAUAAAUUAUUCGGUGUUCUAUUAAAUUUGUUUUCGAAUGAUUUAAAAGACUCAUACAUGUCAACAGUGGUUGAACAAGAAGUGAACAAUACGGUCUUAAUAAGUCAAGAACUGGCAAAGCGAUGCAUUUGGAUACAAACAGGUCCCCACUACAUGAAGGCUCCCGAAAAUGCUUCACCUUAUGAACUGGAGGUCUUAAGACGCAUUUCUAAACUUUAUAGUGAAUUGAAAACUCAUUUGUCUGAGAAGAAUAUGGUACGCAUUUUACCCAACAUGAAUGUGCUGGACGACGAAUUGGCCGAGGUCAUAGAGAGUUUAAUAGACAAGUCAAUUACCACAAUUAUUGAUGAGUACGCAAAUAAGAAUAGUUUACCGGACAAUACCAAUGGAGUGAAUCAUGCUCUAAUUGAGGAAAUUGAAUUUAUUGGUCAGUAUACGACGGCGUUAGCACAAAACUCUCCCAACUUCGACAUUAUGAACGAUAUUAAAAGAUAUAUAAAAGACAGCACAGAUCAGCCUCUAGUAGUGUGCGGACCCAGCGGGUGCGGGAAGAGUGUACUUAUAUCGAAGAUAGUAGAAAAUUUGUACCGUUGGAAACCAGAGACAAAUCUGAUAUUGAGAUACGCGAAUUUAACGGCUCGUUCAGGCGACUUGGUCACCGUCUUGGGAUCCAUAGCCAACCAAAUGUCAGCUUUAGCUUACGGAUAUCAAACGAGUCUCAGCCAUACUUUUCAAGCUUACGCUCAAAUCAUACAAAAAAUAAUCGAUGAGGAGAAAUGUUUCUUUAUUAUCAUUAUUGAUUCGGUUGACGAGUUACUUGGUGAAGACAUAGAUCUGACGUGGUUGCCGUUCAAAUUAAAAAAUAUGUGUAAAGUUAUACUCACCGUAACAGAACGGACCGAUAAAUAUGAGAAGCUGUUGCACAAGCUUACGGAAUAUGGCCUAUCGCAAAAAUGCUUUAUAAAUAUGAAGCAAUUUACUGACCGCCAAUGGAAUGAUAUUUUGUGUUCGGGAGGUGGUGAUUUUUAUGUAGCUAAUCGAGCCGUUAAAAUGCCAGAUGAAUGGAAAAAUUUACAUGGUCGUACUCCUUUUCAUGCCAAAUCGUUAUGGUGGAUGGCUUGGCUUGGCUGUACAUCGACAAGUAUGAAUGACAUAUCCGAGGUAUUGCAUAAGGUACUGCAGGUCCUGGAGACCAAAUUUUCAUCCGAUCAUGCCGAACUAUUAUUGCUCAUUGUAUCACUUUCUGAAUGGGGGAUAAGAGAAAGUGAUUGUAUACAGAUAUUACAAAGAUUAACCAAACUUGAUGCGCAGGCCGCAUUUAAUGUUUGGUCGCGUUUCUGCUGGUUAAUGGGUCCCAUGCUGUUAUGUAUAAGGAAUAUCAAAAUAACUGACACAAGCUUCCGCAUGACUAUUCUAGAAAAGUACAAAAAGAAUCAAUCAUUUGUGCACAAAGCCAUUCGGGAUUUUUUCGAUAGGCAAGACAGCUAUUUUGUAAUUUCAAAAGAACUUAACAAAAUCUAUAAUUAUCAAAAGUUUUUAAAGCUACCUUACCAUCAUUUUUCGGCGGUUAUUGAGGAUAAUUUGGGGCCAAAUGCAAUCGAUAUUCUCUUUAAUUGUUUUUAUUUUACCGAUUUGCAAUGGAUAGCAGAUAAGGUGCAUGCCUGUGGUCCUAUUCAUCUUAUGCACGAUAUUUGGGUAUCGGAGAAAAUUUCUGGUAUUCCCCAGCAGUCGUAUUUGCAUAUUCACUUCUUAAAGGAGUUUUUAACGAACUAUAUGCAUGAACUUGAUUAUGACGGACAUCAGUUUUUUACGCUUAUUAAAUUUUAUCUUAAGACUAGAAUCAAACAGGAUGCGAAUUUAAAAGAUGAUGAAAAAGUGCGAUCAUGGUUAGAGUUUACAAAUGAAAUUGAAAUUCCGUUUUUGGAAAUAUUAAACGGUGACUGGAGCAACGGGAGGGAAACCGGGCAUGGUGACUAUAAUGUAUUAGUUAAUUUGCCUCAUAAAGGUUACUUUGUGGCUGCGAUAAGUACCAUCAGGGGCGAUAUUUGUAUAUGGGAUGUCAAAAGUAGCCGUCGCGUAAGAGUGCUAGAAGGUAUCCCACAACCAACUGCUAUGUGUCCCUGUGAUACUUAUGAUGCUGCUGUACUAUGUCGUAGAGAGAUUAAAGUUAUUAAUUUGGAUGAGGGAAAAUUUAAGGUUACUUUGAAAGGCGUAAUGAAUCAAAAAAUGCCAUAUUUCGGUUUGCAUGAUCAAAAGCAUUUGGUGUGUUUGUCGCGCAAUCGUAUGUAUGUGAAUCUCAUGAAUCUUGAAUCCGGAGAUUGUGUUACGACAUUUAAAGCUGGUGAGGACCGUUUUCUCAAUUCUCUGUUGGUAUCCGGAGAUGGAAGAAUUCUUGUGUGCGGUGACGAAACCCAAAAGCCAUUUCCUCUGCUUGUGUGGCAUCUUACACAAAGGAAACUGUUAUAUGAUUUACGUAUACCGUGCCAUGAUUUCAUAACAUCGCUAUCAGCCAUAACACACGAAGGAUCAUACGUUUGUGUCGUCGCGAAAGAACUUAACGAGCCCACACCUAAUUUUAUAGUUGUCUAUGAUUUACAAAGCGGCACAUUAUUUAAGAAAUGGAAGCCUUCCUGCAAUACGGUUGCAUUAGCUAUAUCGCAGGUCAAUGCUUGUGUCAUUGCCGGCUUGGAUGAUGCUAAAAUCUUGGUGUGGGACUUAGUUACGGGUAAUUGUCGUUCGACACUUACUGGUCAUAACGCCCCAGUAACAUGCUUGAAACUGGACCCAUUAGGUAGAAUUUUAUUAUCUACCGAUAAAGAAGGUCGUGAUAAUUCGUUCCGUGUGUGGGAAACUAGUACAGGAAAAUCUUUAGCUGUGCUGAAGUUACCCGAUCGUAUUUCGGCUUGCGAAAUUCUUCCUAACGGAGCCUUUGUCGCUGUUGCUUUAGAAGGUCGCUCGGAUCUAAUGAUUCUCGCUUUAAAAAACUAUGGUGAUAGUGAAUCGGACGAUGAUAAUCCAUACAUUUAUGGAAAUCAGGAUAAUCAAGAUAAAGUUUUCAAACUAGAACCAAAUUAACGGGAGCAGACAACUCUGAGCAUUUGGGCUACUAUGGAAUGAACUGCUUGAAAUAGUUUGUUCUUCUUUUCUUUUUCUCAUUUAAUUUUUUAUACCCAUCACCACAACCAAACAAUACACAAAUCCAAGGUUACACAAAUAAUGUGCGAACAUGCACAUAUUCCUUUGGCUUGAAUAUUGAAUUGAUUUCAUUCAAACGGUAAUAAUUUUGGUGGUUUACAAAUAUUUUUAAAAGUGUCUUUUAAAAUUUGUCAAUCCAUCUUAAAAGUUAUUCUCCACUUUUCGUAUUUUAUAUGCAUACUUAUGAUGGAUGAUAUUUCAUCAAAUGUCAUCUGCUUAUCCAUGUGAUUUUUCACCGAAGCGUUACUUAUAGCUGAGCUUUAACGCGUUAGAGGAAGAAGCAAAAGAAUUGUAACAGUCAACCCUUCAGUGACAGAUGUAAAAAAAUUACUUCGUAACAUAAAUAGUUUUGUAACAAAGUCCUUUUUCCUGUUAAAUAUAUGAUAUUGAAAAGAAGAUUGAUUAACGGCCUCUGAAAAGCUUAAAGUUUCUUUUAAAAAAUACGAUUAUUAGCAAAUAUUUAUAGCUUCCAAGGCAAGAAGAUAGAGAAAAGUGCAAACUUUUUAUUAACGGAGGAAUAAAGUUUUUUUUAUUUGAUAUUUCGUUCGCCUACUGAAAGAUCACGCAUUAAGCGUAUGCAAAAAUAUAUAUCCAGAUAUGUUCGUAUAGUGUCAGUCUAUAUAGACUUAAUCAAGUUCCGCCCUACAUAUACAUUGAUUUAUCUGUAAUUGAAUAUCUCCAAAUACUAAAACUCAAAAUUAAACCAAAUUUUUUCUUACUUGAAUGUAUUCGGCUUAAACAUAAUCUCAAGUCGCGUGUAACAAGAAAAUUGUAUAAUCUUUUGGUUAACCAUUAAUGACUUAAAUUAAAUUUUAAUUUAUUUGUCGUUACCAAUUCUGUUACAGUUCUAUAAGUGGCUUAUGGUAUGUGGAGUGUUGGUUGAGCGAUCCAGUAACGUUUCUAAAAUUCAUAAAUAAUUUCAAUAUAUCGCUUUGUACAUGUAGGAUUGUAUGACAUUCAAUUUUGAGAAUUUUCAAUGCAAUUAGACCAAGAUACGUAUUGAAAUGGUUUAAAAAUCAAUUUAUAAAGAAAAUUUAAAACGUUUUUAAACACAUAUAAGAUAGAAAUGUUGUAAUUCUUUUGAUAU